UCCAAUUUUCGUACCACAUAGAUUCAUCGCACAUUUCAAAACAUCACCAAAUAUACAGCUUACAACUUCAGAGCGAAGCGACCGUACUCGAUCGUACUUUUCUACUCUUCCGAAUUCUUAAUAUUUUAGUUCAUAAACAAAUUCUUGAAAUCAAAUUCUUGAAAUUUGUUGAAUUAGAUGAAUUUGAUUUGGAAUCCUUUCUAUUUUCGAUCUUUGUAAUCAAUGGUGACAUGCGAGUUGUAUCGGAUGUCGAGACUUGGAAUGUGUUUGACAGAGACGUUGGAUGAGAUGGUUAUGAGUGGUACUCUCGGUCCUGAGCUUGCGAUUCAAGUUCUUGUUCAGUUUGAUAAGUCGAUUACUGCAGCGCUUGAGGCUCAAUUGAGGGCCAAAGUAACAAUCAAGGGGCAUCUACACACCUACAGAUUCUGCGACAAUGUGUGGACCUUCAUCUUACAGGGUGCACUGUUCAAAAGUGAGGAGUUGCAGGAGAAUGUCAACGUAGUUAAAAUAGUGGCAUGCGACUCUAAGCUUCUCAGUCAAUAGUGUGGUCAGACCGCAUAUCACCAGUUUAUAAGCAGAUUAUUGGAUUCGGAUUAUUUUUGCUCAAAGCGUCAAAUAGCAUAGGUCGUACUAUGGAUCGCAAAUGUCUAGCAUAUGAUGUGAUUGAAAGAAGGAUUGGGGGCGUUUAAGUUCUUCAAAUUAAGGACUAUCUAAAGAAGAAAUCAGACAGUCUCUGCUUUAUUAAGAGCUACUGUAACUCAUACUUAAACAUUCACAACGAAGUACUCCGUACCUUUGAUGCCUGAGUCAUAUGUAAAUCAUGAAUUUCAACACUCACUAUUUUUUACCCAUUUACGAUAGAUUCUCAUCUGCAAAAUGCGGCUUGUACAUAGAUUUGGUUCCCAAAGUCGAAUUAAGUCCUUACUCUUGUUUCUUCAUGAAA